CGACAAUGCCUUUUUCGCCUUAGCGGUCCAUAGCUAUUAAACAUAGGUCUUUCCCAUUGCAUUCUGAUGCCUACAGGGUUUGUUUAUCGUCAUCUUAAAGCUAAUCAACAACCUUCGUGACGCAGUUAUGUGAGUGAUCCAAAAAGGCAUGUUUUACACGUUCCUUGUCCUGGCUGCUCUGGGAUCGAACACUGUCCUUGGGUUCUCGUACACAACAAUUUACAUGAAGGAGAAUUGUGGCAGCACGGCAUCGCUGGGAAGUGCAGGGUAUAUCGAGUGGGACCGGGAUGGCAGAAGCUAUGACCACCGCGCCGACUGUUCCGUCAUUCUGAAGACGGGCAGUACGAGUGAACGGAUAGCAUUGCAGUUCAUCGAUAUUGACAUAGAAGAAAACGGUCAGCAUUCCUGUUAUGACUAUCUCUACCUGUACGAGGGCGCUGUGACCAGUUUUGACGGCACCACUCCCAACAAGGAAAUCUGCAACUCUCAACUCAUUGUGGCCUACACUUCCUCAACCUCUGUAAUCACGCUACGCCUUGUAACAGACAGUUCCACCAGAGGGUCCUUCAAGAUACUGUAUACUACUUACAUGAACGCUGUCCACGGCACAGGCUGCUACAGUAGCUGGUUCCUGUGCUCCAACUACCGCUGUAUCCACUCGGAGCUGAAAUGUGACCGGAUGGAUAAUUGCGGGGACGCCAGUGACGAGCUCGAGUCUGCUGGGUGUCGUACAGGUGACUCUCUCGAUCGCUGCGCAAACGGAGUUAGUGUACACGGCGGGCGUGUGCACAUGUGUAACGGUGUAGCGGAAUGUUCGGACGGAAGCGAUGAGUGGACCAACUCCUGGGCCUUGUGUCCUACUCAGGAGAUGCACGGUAGCUGCGGCUCGUUGGUGACGCUCCAGCCAGGCACGUCCGGUUACAUCAUGUACAGCCGGUACGUGCCGUACAGCCGAGGGACGGACUGCACCGUCCAGUACAACACACAGAGUGGCUACGUCAUACGUCUGCUGAGUUGGGACGUCAGCGGGAUGGACUACCACUGCUACGGCACUCUAUUCCUCUGCGAUGGCAUCACGGGUAGCUGUGACUCAUGGGAAAGUGACUUCAGUGUCUGCUCCACUUCAACAGACGACACCUCUUACGUCACUUCCGGAGAGGAGCUCACGAUUCGAUUGGCCUCGGACUGGUCUAAAUCCGGGAACUUUGAGAUAUUUUACAAAAUCGAGCAGGGAGGUACCUCUGGCAGCAGCACCGUUGUGACAGUAGUAGUGAUGAUUGUAGCGGUUAUCCUAGUGAUCGGCUGUCUGGUAUACUGUUGCGGUAAAAAGAGCCGGAGCUCGAGUGGUGACGAUGAUAUAGUGGAAGGUGAAACGGUCCAAUGGCCGGGUGAAACCCCAAGAGACAACAUUCACUUGCACCCCACAACUGUGGUCCACACUGACAGACCGCGCUCCGUGGGAACACCCACCAUCGAGCGCGUCCCACCACAACCAAGUCCCCGUCAAUACUCGUAUCCAUCCGCUCCUCCACAGCCAGAGAACAGUCCAGUACCCCCCUCGGUAAGGGUAGAACCCCCUACCCCUUCGACAUCGACAGGAGAGCCCCCCACCCCACCGCCCUCGUAUGACCAGGCGCUGUGGAUGCCAACAGAACCACCAGCAUCGGCACGGCAAUCUUGAUAAAACUGUAUCAUGCAGUUUUAUCAAGAACUAUCAUACCUUUAUACCAUCAUUGACAUGAUCACCAAUUAAGGGUAUGUUAUUAUACCACUGGGAUCACCGGCAAAAUGUCCAUGAAACACACUGACCUCAUCAAUUUUUACUACACGCUACAUUGUAGCUUUGAUAAGAAAACUCCUUUGGUUUGUUGCUCUGACGCUUGAUAUUUGCUUAGACUUAAUAUUUAAAAAAGCAUGUUUUAUCUGUUCCAAAUGUGUGAUUUCUUAAUAAAGAUAUGGUUUCAAACCAA